CUCUGAGAGGAGGAGGAGGAGGGUGCUGUGUGAUUGGCCAGGCGGCCACUGGUAGUCCGGAGGCUGGCGUCGCGCUCCGCGUUGAUCCCUGUUUACACCUUGCGGCCGGCGGAGACGAGACGGGACACCCGGGGCCCGGAGCAGACGCGGGAGUCCAGGUCGCAGUGUGCGCUGCUGGCUGUCUGACUGACUGACUGUCUGUCUGUCUGACUGUCUGUCUGACUGUCUGUCUGACUGACUGACUGACUCCGAUCCGAGCCCUCCGUCCUGCGUCCUGCGCUCGCAGCAGCAGCGAUGCGUCAAACUUUUGGGGGACUUUUCUUCGUGGCACCUUUGCGCUUGUGACUCCCGGUCAGGCGCGGCACGACAUGAAGUCCACCCGGAAUAGUCCCGACAAGUUGCUUCUUCACAUCCACAGAGUGUGACAUCGACGGACCUCCUCAAACUUUGAUUGCGGGCGGAAAUUACAGCCUUUCCUCUCGUUCCCAGUCGGUCACACGUUGCCCGGCGGGUGGAUGUACUGUGAGCAUCGCAGCCGGUUUGCGUCCACGGUCCACAGUGAGCCACUGACCAGAGCGGCGGCGUCGGACGCUCCCCGUGCGGACGAGCCGGGACGGAGCCGGAGAAGAUGCCCUCUGCUCGGGUGCGGCGUGACCGAGGUCUCGGUCCUCUUGUUCUCCUCUUCCUGUUCGGAGGAUGUGUCGUGUCUGGCGCUGAGAGCAGCGACUACAGCGAGGCCGAGGUCCUCCCUGACUCCUUCCCGUCAGCACCAGCCGAACCCCUCCCAGAAUUCCUGCUGGAACCGGAGGACGCCUUCAUCGUGAAGAACCGGCCGGUGCAGCUGCGGUGCCGGGCGUCACCGGCCACACAGAUCUACUUCAAGUGCAACGGAGAAUGGGUCAAUCAGAACGACCACGUCACCAGAGAGAGCCUGGACCAGAUCACAGGUCUGGUGGUGAGGGAAGUGGACAUCUCUGUGUCGAGGACCCAGGUGGAGGAGCUCUUUGGGCUGGAGGACUACUGGUGCCAGUGUGUGGCCUGGAGCUCGGCUGGCACCACCAAGAGCAACCGAGCCUACGUUCGCAUUGCAUACCUGAGGAAGAACUUUGAGCAGGAGCCGCUGGGGCGGGAGGUGCGACUGGAGCAGGAGGUGUUGCUGCAGUGUCGCCCCCCGGAGGGGAUGCCCACCGCUGAGGUGGACUGGCUGAAGGACGAGGAUGUCAUUGAUCCGUCGCAGGACUCCAACUUCCUGAUCACCAUUGAUCAUGAUCUGAUCAUAAAGCAGGCCAGGCUCUCAGACACGGCAAACUACACCUGUAUGGCUCGUAAUGUAGUGGCCAAAAGACGCAGCAGCACCGCGACUCUCAUCAUUUAUGUGAGUGGAGGUUGGUCUUCUUGGACCGAAUGGUCAGAGUGUAACGCUCAGUGUGGGCGGGGCUGGCAGCGGCGGACGCGCAGCUGUACCAAUCCUGCCCCUCUGAACGGAGGAGCCUUCUGCGAGGGUCCGCCCUUCCAGAGAGUGACCUGCACCACACUGUGUCCAGUGGAUGGAGGCUGGACAGAGUGGGCAAAGUGGUCCGCCUGUGGCACAGAGUGCACCCACUGGCGCAGUCGCGAGUGCCAAGCCCCCCCUCCCAGGAACGGAGGAAAGCACUGCAGCGGCAGCAUGAUGGAGAGCAAAAACUGCACUGAGGGGCUGUGUACACGUAAUAAAAAGAUUUCUAUUGAACAUGCAAGCCAUCCGCUGGCCCCGGGUAUGGGUGUAGCCGUCUACGCUGGUCUGGUGGUGGCCCUGCUGCUGUGCGUGAUCCUGGCGCUUUGCGUGGGAGGGCUCGCAUAUCGCCGCAGACGCCGCCAUCUCCACGGAGAUAUCACGGAUUCUUCGUCUGCUCUCACCACUGCCUUCCACCCUGGCAACUACAAGCCUCCCAGACAGGAUAACCCUCACCAUCUGCAUCCCUCAGCUCCUCCAGAUCUGACAGCCACAGCAGGGGCUUUCCGUGGGCCACUCUUCUCUCUGCAGCACGGGGUCAACGACAGCCCCCACAAAAUCCCCAUGACCACCUCUCCUCUGCUGGACCCCUUGCCCAGUCUGAAAAUCAAGGUGUAUAACGCCUCCACUCUUUCCUCCUUGGAGCUCCCCGCUGACAUGUGCUCAGGUGACGGGGAGAUCCUCAGCCUGAAGUCGGUGGGCACUGUGGGUAGAGAGCGAGAGUACCACAGUCACACGCUGUCCAGAGAGCCGGGGCUGAGCACCAGCGCCACCCUGGGUAACCUGGGAGGUCGCCUCACCAUCGCGAACACAGGUGUGAGUCUGCUGGUCCCGCCUGGCACAAUCCCCCAGGGGAAGUUCUACGAGAUGUACCUCAUUAUCAACAAGUGGGACAGAACAACGCUACCCUCUGAGGGCAGUCAGACUGUACUAAGUCCUGUGGUGAGCUGCGGUCCAUCCGGUAUGCUGCUAAAUCGCCCUGUGGUCCUUACAUUGCCCCACUGUGCCCAGCUAGACACACCUACACCCGACUGGACCCUCACACUAAAGACUCAGACGCACCAGGGGGGAUGGGAGGAGGUGCUGACAGUGGGCGAAGAGACUUUGUCGUCGCCGUGCUACCUGCAACUGGAGGAGGAGUGUUGUCACGUUCUCAUGGAGCAGCUGGGAACGUACGGCCUGGUGGGCCAGUCCUGCCCUCCACAGCCCGCCUGCAAACGCCUGCAGCUGGCUCUGUUCGCCCCCCGAGCCCCCUGCCUCUCCCUGGACUACAGCCUCCGGAUCUACUGCAUCCAUGACACCCCACAUGCCCUCAAGGAAGUGCUGGAUUUGGAAAGGAGUCUCGGUGGAGUUUUGCUGGAGGAUCCCAAGCCGCUGCUCUUCAAAGACAGCUACCACAACCUGCGCCUGUCCAUCCACGACAUUCCUCACACCCACUGGAGAAGCAAACUGCUGGCCAAGUACCAGGAGAUCCCAUUCUACCACAUUUGGAGCGGCAGUCAGAGACCCCUGCACUGCACCUUCGGCCUGGAGAGAGGCAGCCUGGCUGUGUCGCAGCUCGCCUGUAAAAUCUGCGUCCGACAGGUGGAAGGGGAGGGACAGAUAUUCCAGCUGCACACAGACAUCCAGGAGACUUUACCACCGCACUCGCCCCUGCCCUCAGGAGGCACCUGCCUGCCUUCCUCUCAAGUGGGACCCUAUGCCUUUCGCUUGCCUGACUCCAUCCGCCAGAAGAUCUGUGCCAGUUUGGAUGCGCCCAGCGCUCGCGGCUGUGACUGGAGGCUGCUGGCACGCAGCCUGGGCUUUGACAGGUACUUGAACUACUUUGCAACAAAGCCCAGCCCCACAGGUGUUCUACUGGACUUAUGGGAAGCUUGUCACCAAGGUGACGCAGACCUGGUCUCUCUGGCGACUGCGCUGGAAGAGAUGGGCAAAAGUGAAGUGCUAGUUGUCAUGACAACAGACGGGGAUUGUUGAUUGGUCAUGGAACAAGAGAGCAAGACAUUUUUUCCUUUACCACCGUGAUGAAAAUAAGAAUAUAGAAGAAUAUGAAUAUGCACACCCUGACCCGCGUCGUGAGCCCACAGAGCAUUUUGGUUUCCUCCGUCUCAUCACGCUCCUCAGAGAUGAGACGCUCUCGCUUCUCACUGGCCCCUGAUCAGCAACCGUAGCUACAUCCACCAUAACCCGUUUCCAUCCCAUGAUAACUGCUCACCUGAUUCAUCUGGAAUCCACCAAAGCAAUGUUGCAUAUAUGCAAGAUGUGAAACUGUUCUGAAGGUAACAAAGGUAUAAAACGAGUACAAAGUCACCUGUCGUGUGUGUUUUCAAAGAUUGAAUUCUACAAUACAAAAAAAAGUGGGAUCAACAAACCAAGCCAUGUGUUCAGCACACACAGUAACACAGUCAGACAAAUGCUAACAUGGGAUUACGCAGGUUCAAGUGGCAGCAUGAAAGUGCAUGAAUUAUCGUUGUCUCACCUCAUGGCAGGGGCUUUUGUUUUCUCCAUUGUCAUUCUGCGUUUGUAGUCAACGACAGGCAGCACCGACCUGUCCACAACCUCCUCAGGCCACAGACACACAAUCCAACACACACACACACACACGUGGACAAACUGGUCAUUAAUCGGCUCUGACUCUGACAGCCUGGUAUUUCUCGUCUAACUGCUUCAACUGUCAACAAAUCGUUUGAGGACCGAACUCUCAAGGUUUCAGGGCUUGAGCUUAUUGCGUUGGGCUGAGUUCCUCUUUCUUUCUUUUCUUUUUCUAAACAGCUGCCUCCUUUUUGUGGUGGGAGGAUGAAUUUUGUUGUUUCGUGUUUGAAGUUUGUUAAAGAAUUGGUGGAUAGCUCGACGGGCUGACUCUUUAUAUUGUACAGUACCAACAAAUGCCUCAAAGCCUUGGCACAUCAGUCCAACACACAGGGGUGUUUCUCUUUCAUCUCUCCUCGCAUUCCUCUAUCGCUCCGCCACACUCCUCCGAUCUGUUGAGAAUAAACUACAGGAGAGCUUUCUGGUCACCUCUUAAAAGUUUCCUUUGGGGAACGCUCUUUAAGUUAUUAUCCAUUUGUGGAUUGUUUGUUUUUUCUUCCAUUGUCCUUGCUGUCACGAUCACAUAGAGCCCGUUUUAUCGUUUGUGAUGUUUCGGCUGCUGAGCUGUCUCAGUUGUGACUAACAGGACCAUGUGUAUUUGUUAUUUUUAAUACUGUGCAUCCGUUCAAAAUGUAAAAUAUCAACUGUAAAACAUGAUUAGAGGUGGUCAAAUGUCUAGAAGACUUUACUGUACGAUUGUUUUUCAUAGGCAUUUUGCUUUUGCUGUAACUGAGGGCAGUUUUUCCGCUGCUGAGAGAUGAGUAUGGCAGAGUAGAUUAGCCUUGCCUUGAAUCAACUAGGCAGCAAGGGACCAUAAAAUUUAUCUCAACACUAACUGCAUCAUGUUCCUGUCUAUUCUCUGUACACCAUUUAUAUGUGUCCAUCUGUCAAUGCAUGGCAAUGGAACUCAUUAUGUCUCCCUCCUCUCAAUCUGAUAACAUAUUGUUAACCUCUUUACUAAGCCGCCUGCUUUGUGGUCAGGGCCCUCAAGCUACUUGCAUUAUCAAUAUUGUUCUGUCAGUUUUAUUGUUGGACGGGAAUUGAAAUGCUGUCAUCUUUAACGUCGUCUUUACUUAAGUUUUGUGUGUGAUUGAAUCUUUUUCUCUCUCACGAGAAGAAAAAAAAGUGUUCAUGUCUUUGAAACCACUAAAACCAAAACACAGGCAGUAUCCCUCCACUUCGGCAGUGAGUCAUGUCACUGUUUUGUGUGAAUGGAUUGAAAACGUGAUUGUGUGUUUGUGUGAGUACAUGUGCGUAUGUGAGUGGACAGGUGGGUGUGCAAAUACAGCGUGUGCACACGCUUAAGGUCUGUCAUUUCUCUUUGUAAGUGCUAUGCAAGUACAAAAGAAAAGCGAAGCAUUUUGAAUUCUUUUGUUUCCUGGAAGAGUAAUUCUAUUUUUUCAGACCAGGGCAAUGACAGGGUUUUGUUUUUGUAUCCUGAAGUGGUUUGAGAGUGGUGAUUUUACAUUGUGUGGGAAUCCCCCAUCUGGAUCAGAAGAAUUGGCUCAACUGUGGAAGGAAGUGACUACUGAAAAAGCACAUGUGGAAGAAGAAAACGCAGAAUGGUGCAAUGGCUACAAUACAAGUUGUGACUAACAUUAUGAACUCAUGCCCUGCAGAUCUUUGAUCAUUGCCUGUGGGGAAAAAUUCUGAACACAACCAGUUCAGUACUUUGGAUUCCUGCACACUACAGGACUAUUUUCUUUCCUCUUAACUUGUUACAGAGACUUGCUAGCUGUAGACUACAGUGUUCAUUCGUCCAGAUUUCUCGAGUAUCUGUUGGAUUUUUUGGGCCAUAGAUCUGGAUAAUUUAUGCUGGAACUGGACUGGAUUCUACCUUGCUCCUAAUGAAAGAGAAAAAAAUUGGCCUUUUGUUCAAGAAGUCAGACAUUUUUACAAAACAGAAGAAAAAAAAAAGAAAUUUGAUUCAGUGACAUUAUUUUAUCUCUGUAAAGUACCAAUUGUAAAUAAACGUCUAGCCUUCU